AUGAACAAUUACGACCAAGAAGCCCCUCAUGAGUAUGAGCUCUUUGAACAAGUCGACCAAGGGGGGUUCCAUUUCGAAGACGGGAGCAGUAUGAAUGCCGAGAAUUUACCUUCUCAAGAUAGGGGCCAUCACUUGGGCAUCCCAAUGUUCGGUGGAUCAACCGAUGAUUCACACAACCCCAUGUCCUUCGUCCCCAUUUCCGGAACUGCACCCUCAGGAUAUUAG